AUGUCUGAAUCAUUGUUAUACGACCGAUUCCCGAAAAGUUUGCCUCCUUAUAUCGGGGCAGUUAUGCUUGAAACGUUUCUUUACGGUCUUUAUGUGAUUCUCUUCGCCAUCUGUGCAUAUGUUCUCGUGCGGCGGAACAAAAACCUCCAUUGGAUAUUGCUGUCUUUCGCCGUCGCGAUGUUUGCCAUAGCGUCAGCAGACAUAAUCUACACAUACUACAUUCUCUUUUGCAAAGCUUUGAAGGGUGGCUUAACAUUUAAUCACCUGAAGCCGAAGUAUUUGAUGUAUGUGACCAACAACGUUCUUGCCGAUACUCUACUUUUAUAUCGAUGCUACGUUGUUUGGGAGUACAGAAAGACAAUCGUCGUUGGGCCUUGUAUUUUAUUGAUUGCGGGAACAGUUUGCGGCUACAUUUUUGAAGGCUCUUCAUCGGAGCUGUUCAACCUAGCCUACAUCUAUUUAAUUUUAACCUUGAUACUAAACGUCAUUUUGACAUGUUUGACCGCUGGAAGAAUAUGGUGGUUAGCACGCAAGGCAAGACUUGUUCUCGGCGCUGGACUUCUUCAACGGUACAACGCUACAACUACCAUUCUUCGUCGCGGUAGUAUUGAAUCGGGACUCGUGUACUCCAUAUAUAUUAUUCUUAACCUUGCUUUGCGGAACACAAAAGUUGUCAACAUUAUACUUGACGCUGGACUCAUCCAAGUUGUUGGUAUCAUGCCUACUCUCAUUAUUGUCCAAGUUGGACUCGGUCGAGCGGUGUACGAUAUCGAGGCGAACCAGGCUAUUGCGCGUCUGGAAACAAACAAAGGGACUAUUAUGAUGAACAGAUCUUACUCUGAUGUUAUACACUGCGUUCGCUCACGCGAGUACCAUCAAACUUCUAGCGAUAAUUUUGCUGUAGCUGAAAGCGAGGCCACGCUUCCAUUGCCAUAA